AUGUCUAUGCGAGGUGACUCAAGACCCACACAGCCUGGUGCUGUGCAAGCCUCUGCGGCAGACGCUUCGUCGUCUGCCGCCCCUUCUUCGCCUGCAGCAACAGGUGCUGCAGGUGCACGCGGUAUCACGCCGCGUGCGCACGAUGACCCCGAUGUGGAGGUCAUCUACUCUGGCGAGUCAGACGUGUCUGACUCGGGCAAUGCUCCAGAGGCGUCUCGCUCACCGGCGACGCCUCAGUAUUCGCCAAGACCACUGCCGAACGAACGGACUCGUGAUUUGCAUCACAGUCUGUUCGGCAGUGAUGACGAUGAUCAGGGUGGUGAGUUCUAUUCUUCACCACCGCCGGCUCGUGCGUCUUCGCACGAGCGUGAUGACGAUGGCGCGAGCCGUCGUCAAUCUGGGAGCCGUGGUACCGACAAGGGUACCACUGUGAAGCGUGAUGAGUUGAAGCCGUGGCGUUUGCCCGAACAACUCAUCAAUAGCCUGUCUCACGAGACAGGCCAACACCAUCGAAUACCCUUAUUCGAUGCAACCGAGCUUCACGGCUUGAGUUCCAGCGCGAAGAACUUUCGCGCUGAAGAAGACUUUUAUCUCGAUGUCUUCCUUAGACAUCGAUGGUACAAUAGCAACCAAAAGCGUGACAAAACAUCGCUUUUGGCUGCGUGGAACGCGUUCGUCCAAAACGUCAAGAAUUUUGGACGAGAGGGGUGGCUCAAGAAACUUGAGGCAACACGCCUCAGGUUCGAACGGCGAACGCCAACCGGUGCUAGCGUGCACAUAGGGAUGUGUACUCCCUAA